AUGGGAGUCCCAGCCUUCUACCGGUGGCUAGCGGAGAAGUAUCCGAUGGUGAUUGUGGACGUGAUCGAAGAGGAACCGGUUGUAAUCGAAGGCGUUCAAAUCCCGGUCGAUACUAGCAAGGCGAACCCUAACAACAUCGAAUACGAUAACCUCUACCUCGACAUGAAUGGCAUCAUUCAUCCCUGCUUCCACCCCGAGGAUAGGCCUUCUCCGACGUCUUUCGAUGAGGUGUUUGAGUUGAUGUUCGACUACAUUGAUAGGCUGUUCGUUAUGGUGCGGCCGCGGAAGCUGCUCUACAUGGCUAUUGAUGGUGUUGCGCCGAGGGCCAAAAUGAACCAGCAACGAUCUAGGCGGUUUAGGGCUGCGAAAGAUGCAGCUGAUGCGGCUACUGAAGAAGAAAGGUUAAGGGAGGAAUUUGAGAAGGAGGGUAGAAAGCUUCCUCCUAAAGAACAGUCACAGACUUUUGAUUCAAAUGUCAUUACACCUGGAACUGAAUUUAUGGCUGUUUUGUCAAUUGCACUUCAGUACUAUGUUCAUCUUAGGUUGAACAAUGACCCUGGUUGGCAAAAUAUCAAGGUUAUUCUUUCUGAUGCAAAUGUUCCUGGUGAAGGGGAGCAUAAGAUUAUGUCAUAUAUCCGCCUGCAGAGAAAUCUUAAAGGUUAUGAUCCUAAUACACGACAUUGCCUAUAUGGUUUGGAUGCCGAUUUGAUUAUGUUGGCAUUGGCUACCCAUGAAGUUCAUUUUUCAAUUCUUCGAGAGAUUGUAUUUACUCCUGGACAAGACAAAUGCUUCCUCUGUGGUCAGAUGGGCCAUGUGGCAGCAAACUGUGAAGGAAAGGCAAAAAGGAAGGCAGGAGAGUUUGAUGAAAAAGAGGCUAUUGUGGCUAAAAAGCCAUUCCAAUUCCUGAAUAUUUGGACUCUAAGAGAAUAUCUGGAGUAUGAGAUGAGAAUACCAAAUCCUCCUUUCGAGAUUGAUUUUGAAUGCAUUGUGGAUGAUUUUAUCUUCAUGUGCUUUUUUGUCGGCAAUGAUUUUCUUCCACAUAUGCCCACACUAGAGAUUCGUGAGGGUGCAAUCAACUUGCUGAUAGCGGUAUACAAGAAGGAAUUUGGUGGUUAUUUAACCAAUGGAAGCACGAUAAACCUGAGCAGGGUGGAGCACUUCAUUCAAGCUGUUGGAUCUUAUGAAGAUAAAAUAUUCCAGAAAAGAGCUCGAUUGCAUCAGCGACAAACAGAAAGAAUAAAGCGUGAAAAGGCACAGGCAAGAAGGGGAGAUGAUACUGAGCCUCAAUUUCAACCAGAGUCUUUAGUUGCAGUUUCACGAUUCCAUGGUUCUCGUCUUGCUUCAGCUCCAACACCUUCACCAUUUCAACAAUCUGGGCGUUAUAAUUCUCAUGUAUCCUCAUCAGUUAGAAAAGACAACAAAGAAGCAUCUGAGCGGCCUCAGAAAGUUGCUAGGUUAUCUUCAGGAGCAAUUGUUGCUGCUGCUAUUAUUGAAGCCGAGAGUAGAGUUGAAAUAGAAGCUCAAGAUAAUAAAGACGAAUUGAAAUCAAAACUGAAGGAGAUACUACGUGAGAAAUCUGAUGUAUUCAACUCAAAAAAUGCUGAAGAGGACAAGAUUAAGUUGGGAGAACCGGGCUGGAAAGAGAGGUAUUAUGAGGAAAAAUUCUCGGCUAAAACUCCUGAGGAACUUGCUGCGAUACGAAAAGAUGUUCUGGGAGCCACUACUGCCCAUCCAUGCAAGUUUGAGUUUGGAGGAUCCGCAGGAGGGGGGGGGGUGAAAGCAAAUUCUGAAUAA